AUGUCCGUCUUCCGCGCAAACUCACGUGCCCUCAUCACCGGCGGCGCAUCCGGAAUUGGCUAUGCAGUCGCCGAGCUGUGUCUCAAGGCGUCGAUGAAAGUUACCGUUGUCGACUAUAACCAAGAAACUCUUGAUUUGGCGAAGAAGAACUUAAAGGGCGAUGUCGAAUGCGUCAAGUCUGAUGUAGGCGACUUGGGUGCCUGGAAGAGCGUGAAAGAGAAGGUCGGCGAUGUCGACUUUCUCAUGCUGAACGCGGGAAGAAUGGUCAAGGGAAGUUGGGGCGAGAGCGAGUACUUUGACCAGGUCCUCAACACAAACCUGUUCGGAGUGAUCAACGGCCUUAACACAUAUGUCCCAUCCUUCCAAUCCCGCUCCUCCAACACGCCGAGUGCGAUUGUCAUCACUGGUAGCAAGCAGGGCAUCACGAACCCACCGGGCAACGCGGCGUACAAUGCGUCAAAGGCGGCUGUAAAGGCGCUAGCUGAGCAUUUGAGCUUCGAUCUCAAGGACACACGAACUAACGUGCAUUUGCUGGUACCGGGAUGGACGUUCACCGGUCUUUCAGGAAACCACCCCGGCCAAGAAGCGAAAAAGCCAGACGGAGCAUGGUCGCCUGCCCAAGUCGCAGACUUCAUGGUGCAGAAGAUGGAAAAGGAGAAGUUCUAUAUCAUUUGUCCGGACAACGACGUUAGCGAGGAAACGGACAAGAAGAGGAUGUUGUGGAGUGUGGGAGAUAUUGUGGAUGAGAGGCCGCCAUUGACGAGGUGGAGGCCAGAGUUCAAGGAGGAGGCUGAGGAGUAG